UGGACGAUAAAGCUGCGAUUUGCGAUUACGACGGAGACGGGGACGGCGGGGACUAGAUAUACCUACACACGAUACGAGCGAGAGAGGACGAUUUGAGCGGAGGAAAAGUAGUGACUGGGUAAAUCGACACAGGUAUCACAAAGAAGAAAAGAGGAGGAAAUCAGACCAAGGAGGAAGAGAAAAGGAGGCACCAACAACACAGCAUAAUUGUAUAUAUACCAGCACAGAUGUGGCCCUUCUCGCUCUUCUCCUCCUGCGACCGACACGAUGCCUGCGCUCCGCCCAGCCCCAACGCCGUCACCGCAGCAGCGCUGCUCUCGGCCCUGCCCUUCGCUGCAGUCUUCCUCGCCGCCAACGCCGUCGCCGUGCGCCUCGUCUUCCCGAAGCUGAGCGCCGCGGCGCAGGACGACAUCCGUGACGGCGAGGGUCACGUCCUCCCGGCUCAUGCUCCCGCAGCGCUGCGACAAGUUCACGCAGAGCACGGCAGCAAGAGCUGGCGGAGGCGCGGCGCGGCCUGGGCCUUUGGCACGACCGUUGGGCUGGCGGCGACGCUGGGCGCGCUCAUCAUGGCGGAGAUUGUCGAGGCGGUGGAUCCGGUGGCGAGGAAUCUUGCGCUGAGGGUGACGGUGCCGGCGUUGCUGUUUAUGCUGGUGGUGCUGAUUCCGUGGCUGGAGUGUCGGUCGGUGGUUUCCAGCGCGGGCUGGAGUUUUCAGAGGACGGCAAAGGGAAGGAUGCCGCGGAUGGCACUGGGGCUGCAGGCGGUUUUGUUUGGUGGAUGGUUGUUUUUGUUCUGGUCGAUGGGGAGCGUUGUGCCGAGAGCUGAGAUUAUGCUGCGAUCACCGCCGCCUCCAACCAUUGAUGGCAAGAUGAAGGGCACUAUGGGUGAGGAUCUGACGAGGGCUUGCCUGGAGAGGAUUGGCGUGGUGGGAAUAUCGCUCAUGGCGUUGCUGUCUGGCUUUGCGUCAGUAUCGUCGCCGUGGCACACGUUUAGCAGUGCCGAGUUGAGGAAGCGGAAGCCCCUGACCGAGGCAGAUUUGAAUCGCAAACAAACGGGUUUGGAUGCGACCAACGAGAUGCUUGUGACCAAGAAGCAUAGACUGCACUACCUGGAGAGAAAAGUUGCCGAGGGUACUGUUGCCAAUGGAGGUAAAUCUGGAGGGCUUGUUGGUCUUGUCAUGGGGUCGAUUCGCGGACAAUCAAGCGAGCAGGUCGAGAUGCAGACGCUCAGGAUGGAGAUUGCCGGGCUGGAAGCCAUGGAGGCCAAUCUCUCUUCCAACCUCUUGCUGAUGAAGAGCCAGCGCGCAGCUACGGCCCGGGCAUCCACGACGGUUGGCCGCCUCCUGCUCGUGCCGUCGUACAUUUUCAGCGCCUACUGCGUGUACCGCAUCCUGGCGACGUCCCUGACGACGCUCCGGCGAGCGUCUUCCCCGUCAGCCAGCUUCGCCAACAGCGAUCCCAUUAACCGUUUUUUGGGUCUCUUGGCGAGACACUGGGACCCGAAGCUCGACCAGAUGGCGUGGGCGCGCAUCAUCAGCUUCGCCCUAAGCGGCGUUAUUCUCGUCGCCAGCGCAAACAGCGCCAUCCAGACGUUCCACCUGUUUGCAAAGUGGACGCCCGGCCUGCUUCGUCACGCACAGGCGAAUCUUGCCCUGGCGGUUGGUCAAGUCAUUGCUACGUACGUCAUAUCCGCGAGUCUGCUGCUGCGGAGCCAACUUCCCAGCGAGGCGAGAUCCGCUGUGGGAGGGGUCCUGAGGGGAGCGCUGACGCCGGCCUUUGUGGACGGCUGGUUUGAAGGGUGGUUCUUGCUGGGGAGCGUGGUGACGGCGAUGGGGAUCUGGGUUGGGAGGAAGAUUGGCGGUGCGACGGGGGCGGAUGACGAGUGGGAUGAUUAUGGGAUGGAGGAGAUGGGUGCGAAGAGGUCUUGAUGAUGAUGAUUCUUCUUUUUUUUCAUCCAUUUCAUCCAUUUUUUUUUUUUUUGUUUGUUUGGUUGAUGAUAACUGUGUAUGCUGGCCUGGCGUUUGUUUGAGUUUUACUUGGGGGACAUCUCCUUUUUUUUUUUUCAUCUUCGUGUCCUCGGGAGGAUAUUUAUAUGACUUCAAUGCUGAGCAUGCACGUUGAAGCAAAGUAUGUAAAGCAUGCCUUUUACCUUUAUAUCCAUCCAUCUAUCUUAUCUAGGUAGUC